AUGUUUCUGUUACGCUUCUUGACUUUAGCUGCUUCACAAUUCCCGACAAAUAAGCCUCGAUUAGACGUUUUUGUAUUUUCAUGCUUGACAGCGGAAAAUAUCGACGCACUGUCUGACCUGAAAUGUGCUAAGAUGAACAAAAGAAAAGUUACUGAUGUCGACACUUUAGCUACACAACAAAGACUGAGACAGAAAAUUAAUCUUAAAAAAUUGAUCACUAUUAUGAAAUUUUCUUUAUGGAGUUACAUUACCGCCAGAUAUCCACAACAAUCUACUAAAUUUUCAAGCAUUAUUAAAAAUUUAGAUUUGGAUAAGGAAUUUUAUUUAUCGAAAAGCUUAACUAAAGUUUAA